CUUCUUCUCUUCUCUCUCCCGUGCACCCCCUCUUCCGCCCGCCGCGAGUUCCUUGUUGCCACCUUCAAAAUGGCCUCUGCGAUUCUCCUUCCCCUCUCCACUGUCUACGAUCACCUCGGCGUCAUCCUUUUCUCCACCAUCAUUCUCUAUCUCGUCUUCAACGCCGUCUAUCGGCUUGUCUUUUCUCCUUUGAGCGCUAUCCCUGGUCCUUGGUAUGCGGCGGUCUCAGACUUCUGGCUCACCACACACGUACUUCGCCUACAACAAUGCAAGGUUAUAGACGACCUUUUUGACAAAUACGGCCCUGUCGUUCGCGUUGGCCCUAACAAGAUCGUCUUCAAUGAUCUUCCGACUACAAGAAGUGUUUACGCCGUCCACAAAUUUGACAAAAGCACGUACUACAAGAGCCUAUUAACGAAUAAUAACGAUCAUGCGAUGACCACACUACCUCACUCACCUCACGUUGCCCGUAAAAGAGGCUAUGCGCCUCACUAUAGUCCUGCAAAUCUCGCAUCUUUCCAACCCGAAAUACAUCAGUACACGUUCGAGCUCAUAGAUAUCCUCCACAGAUUCUCUGGCUCCAUGGCUUUGGAUAGUCUUGUCUUGUUCCGGCAACUUAUGGUGGACAUCCUUUCGGCAUCUUCAUUCGGCUACCGAGUUGGGGCGCUCAACAAAUGGCACAUUGCAAAGCAAGACACUCUUGCUAUGGCCAUCGGCGACUUCCCGAAACGCGGCAUACUUCGUAGCGCCGUCCCUACUUGGGCCUGGAAUUUGGUCUGUCGUAUUCCUAACCGCCGUUGGCGCCAACUUUGUGAUUCUGACAAGAUCAUGGCUGAGUUUGUCAGUGCCCGAGUAUACGAAACCCGUUGCCAAAUGAACGCGGAGAAGAUGUUCGAGUCGGAGAGAACCACGAUGCUGCAACGCCUGGUUCAACAUCGUGUCGGCGCUUCAGACGAGUUGAUGUCUGACCAAGAUGUCAUCUCUGAACACAUGGGACACCUGAUUGCCGGAUGUGAUACGACUUCUACGACACUUUCAUAUCUGUGCUGGGAGCUCAGUCGUCGUGUCGACCUAGUCGAGAAACUACAGAUCGAACUUGAUCAUGCCAUGCCAGAUUGCAGGUCUAUUCCGGACAUAGCCACUCUGCAGCAACUUCCGUUUCUCAACGCUUUCAUCAAGGAAGGUCUCCGUGUCUAUGGUGCUGCUCCAAGUCUACUGGAACGGGUCGUGCCGGAUUCCACCUCCAAAAACGGCAUGUUCUCGGACGCAUUCGACCUCAUGGGGUUUGCGCUGCCUCCGGGGACUAUUGUUGCUACACAGGGCUGGUCAAUGCAUCGCGAUGCUUCCGUGUUCCCUUUCCCCGACGCAUUUCUUCCGGAAAGGUGGCUCGACGAUGGUAAAAACAUGGAAGAAUUGACGAAAAUGGCUCAGCACAUGAUGCCUUUUGGAGUAGGCGCACGUGUAUGUGGCGGACAAAACCUCGCACUGAUCAUCCUCCGGGUGGUGGUGUCAGCUAUCGUGAGGAAUUUCAAUAUCGUGGCUCCCGCAGAAACGACAGAAAAAAGCAUGGAAAUGAGAGACAGUUUUGUCAUAUUUCCAGCUUCCAUGGACUGCCAGCUGAUCUUCAACACUCGCCGAAACGAUUGA